AUGGAGCCGUUUGUGUCUGACCGCCUCAAACACAGACCUAAACACCAUCAAGUAACCAUCAGCUACCUGAAUCUGAUACCCAAAUCACGUCACACGCUGAAAAAGCGUUCAACUGCCCUGACACUCGAUGAAAGCAUGAGGGCUGGGAUAAUACCAGGUUUCUCAAGCCUAGACAGGGGAAUUCCAGAGGCAGAGGUAGAGUUUGAAUCACGGACAUUCUGA